AGUUGCAGUCAACUAUAGUAAAGAUUUUUGGUAAAAGUUUUCUAGUGUUCUUUCGAUAAACUUGUAAAAGUAAGUGAUCGGCAACGUUUAUGGACGAAUAGUGAUAGCACGCACCUGAUAACCAUGUCCUCAGCGGAAGCCAAACUAGAGCUCUACGAUGAUUACGCUUCGGCGACGGAAUCGAUGGAAGGUCAAAUGGCCAUUCCUUCAACCAGUCGAAACACAACGGAUCCCGGUGCGCCCAAUUUCAGUACCCUGGAUGAACCCAUCAAAGACACAUUCCUUCGUGACGUGAAGGCUGUCGGUGUUAAAUUUUACCACGUCCUAAUACCGAAGCAGAAAAACACCCUCCUGCGGGACUGGGACCUGUGGGGUCCACUUAUUCUGUGCACCUUCAUGGCCACCAUUCUGCAAGGGUCGGCAGACGACAUGAACGAUGGCGGACCGGAGUUUGCGCAGGUUUUCGUUAUCGUUUGGAUCGGUGCCAUGAUUGUGACACUAAACUCCAAGCUGCUGGGAGGAAAUAUCUCGUUCUUCCAGUCAGUUUGUGUUCUGGGGUACUGCCUGACACCCUGUGCCAUGGCACUGAUACUGUGCAGAAUCAUCCUAGUGGCAGAGCAGACCGCUUUUCUGUUCGUUCUGAGGCUGCUGAUUUCGGCACUUGGCUUCGGGUGGGCAACUUAUGCAUCUAUUAUCUUUCUCGGAGAUAGUCAACCGGCCAACAGAAAAGCCCUAGCCGUUUAUCCCAUUUUCCUGUUCUACUUUAUAAUAUCCUGGUUAGUUGUAGCGCACAGCAACGUGUAAGAAUUAGGUGAAAAGUAAGAAUAUCGAAACAGCCGUGUCCUAACGAGAGCGAAGUGAUAAGUGAUUUUACUAGUUAGUCUACUAAGUAACGUGUAUAUAUUAGUCCAAAGCUAGUUUCGUUUCGCAAACGUAUUUAUCGCAGCCAGAGGCGCAAUUGAAAGCUUAAAACAUUCUCGAUUGUGAACGAUAGUGGUUUAUUCUGUGUCAGCAACCAAUCCUUUUGUACAAUAAUUUUCCUGUAACGCAUAAUCAAUGUAAUAAAGAAAAUAAUUUCUCA